CAAAGCUUAACUCUUUCUUCUUGUUCCUUAAUUAUCAUCAUCACUCUCUCCUUUCUCUCUAUUCCUCAUCUCUCUCCCUUCUCUUUUUCUCAUGAUCAUCUCUCUAGCUCUUUGCUUAGAUCCUUGUUGAAUUUAUCAAUCUCCUUAUUCAUCCUUAUCUCUUGCUCAUUUUGUAUACUAUAAAAUAUAACAAAAAACCCUUUUGUCUCAAAAUCUUGAAAUUUCACAUAACAUAGAAAAUUCCAAGUUUUUUUAUUAGAACUUUAGUAUUAUUUUUCACUUGAAAACCCCAUCUUUGAGAUUGUAACAAACUAAAAAUAUGGCAAACCCAUGGUGGACAGGCCAAGUAGGUUUAUCAGGAGUUGAGACAUCAUCCUCAACUGGCUCGCCGGCACUCAAUAAAAAACCAGAUCUGGGGGUUUCUAUGAACGACAACAGCGGGGGAAGUGGAAGUCACGACGAAGAAAGAGAUCAUAGCGACGACCCUAAAGAGGGCGCAGUUGAGGGAGCCACUCGUCGACCCAGAGGUCGACCAGCUGGCUCAAAAAACAAGCCGAAACCGCCCAUUUUCGUGACUAGGGAUAGCCCUAACGCGCUGAGAAGUCACGUUAUGGAAGUUGCAAAUGGUGCAGAUGUAGCUGAAAGCAUAGCUCAGUUUGCUAGAAAAAGACAAAGAGGUGUUUGUGUUUUGAGUGCUACUGGAACUGUAACGAAUGUAACCCUAAGGCAACCUUCUGCUCCUGGUAGUGCUGUCAUGGCGUUACACGGCCGUUUCGAGAUCUUAUCGUUGACCGGUGCUUUCCUUCCUGGACCAGCUCCUCCUGGAUCAACAGGUUUGACUAUAUACUUAGCCGGAGGACAAGGACAAGUUGUAGGGGGGAGUGUAGUAGGGCCAUUAGUAGCAUCAGGACCUGUUAUGGUGAUUGCAUCAACGUUUUCUAAUGCUACAUACGAGAGGCUGCCGUUGGAGGAGGAGGAAGAAGGCAGUGGACAGGCGGCACAAGGGCAGCUUGGAGGUGGUGGUGGUGGAGGAUCACCGCCGGGAAUGGGAGGUAGUGGUGGUGGAGGGGCCCAACAACAAGGUGGUGGCGGUGGUGGUAUGGGAGAUCCAUCUUCAAAUAUGCCAGUAUAUAACUUGCCACCAAAUUUGCUACCAAAUGGUGGACAAUUGAACCAUGAAGCAUUUGCUUGGGCUCAUGGCCGUCCACCUUUUUAAUUAGAGGAGUGAAGAGAGAAUCUUAGGAAAUAGAGUUUGCUGAAUUCAUGGAGAGAUGGUGCUUUUGAUGCAGCAGGAGGAGGAGCAGGACCAACUAGAAGAAUGUGGAGUAUAGUGUGGCUCUCUCUCCCUAUUCUAGAUCUGAAUUUCUGGAUCUUAUGACAAAAACCUGUCUUCUUUUGUCAGUUUGACAAUAAAUGGCUCCCAUAUAGCUAUACCUAUCUAUAUAAGAGAUCAUCCUAUUAUUCUGUUCCUUUUCUUUAUUAUUAUAUUUUCAUAGGAUUGACAUUAUCAUGUUUAAGGAUUGGAACACAAAAGAUUCAAGUGAAAGAUACAGGUCACAGCUUUUUGUAUACAUAUCCUUGAUACAUGCAUGUACACACUCAAUCUUGUACAUUCAUGUCUCUUCAAUUUAACCUAGCCUUUAAUAGUUACUAUA